CUUUCGCUCUGCUCAGAGCUGUGAAAUGAUACGAGCGGAAGGAAAAGCCCGUCGUCAUGUGAUCCGUCUAAAUGCGUGAGCCUGACAGAUCGAUACACGCUGAAAAGGAUGGCAGACACCGGCAAGACCGAGAAAUUCCAGCUGCACGUUCCAAACCUCGCGGAAUUAUGCCAGGUGCUGCAAUCAGGACUGAAUAAGAAUUUUUCUGAUGUAAAAGUGUCUGUAACUGACUGUCCAGAUCUUACACAAGAGCCUUUUGGGUUUCCUGUCAAGGGUCUUUGUGGCAAACCUCGUAUCACCGAUGUGGGAGGUGUACCAUAUCUGAUUCCUUUGGCCCAACCGAACAAGGUGUACAACAUGAAUACCGUGUCCAAGGAGGUGGAGCUGCCUGGGGGAUUUUUUCUUGGUGCUGGUGCGGUUUCCUUCAAGACAGUUGGCAUGAAUGGAGAGUUAAUGCCUCUGGUGCUGACUGAAGCUGAAGGAAGAGCUGCAGUGAAUGCCAGUUAUUUUUCAUCCAUCAACACAGUGGAUGGAAAAUGUCUGCAGGAGAAAUAUAGUGACCGGUUCCAUGACUGUGACUUCGGCCUCCUUGCAAACCUUUAUGCAUGUGAGGGCAAACCUGGAAAGGUCAUCGAGGUGAGAGCCUGCAGAAGAACUGGAGAGGACAGUCUUGUGAGCUGCAUGAGAAAGACCAUGGAAGAACAUUAUGGGGAGAAGAGCGUGGCCCUGGGGGGAACUUUCGUCUUACAAAAGGGGAAGGCGAAGAUCCAUAUUAUGCCUCCUGAAUUCUCUGCCUGCCCUCUAAGCACCAAUGAGGAUGUCAAUAACUGGCUCAGGCAUUUUGAAAUCAGUGCUCCACUGAUCUUUCAAACGGUUAUGGUGUCCAGAGACCCAGGUCUUGACCUGAGAGUGGAGCAUACACAUGGCUUCAGUCAUCAUGGUGAGGGAGGCCAUUACUACAUUGACACCACUCCAAACACAGUGGAGUACCUGGGAUACUUCCUGCCCGCUGAGUUCAUCUACCGUAUCGACCGACCCACUGAGACACACAAUAUUGGCCGAGAUUAAACUAUAGACGGUUCUUAUUUUUUUAUGCUAUAAAAGCAUUAUACACACUAUAAUACAUUUUGCAACUUUGUUGAUGAAAAGUAAAUAAAUAUAACAAGUAUUGAGCGACUUUUCACAAUCCAAUACAUUUCACAAUACAUUUUGUACUAGAUAUUCAAGCCUUUUCAAAUAGCUCUUUUUUUUAAAUUAACUUCACAGGGAGAUUAGCCCAUUAAUUGAAACAUUACUGAACUGAUUUUUCACAACUGCACUACAUUUUUGCAACUGAUUUGGCACAGCAACAUUUGUGGCACCAAAUCAUCAUAUGGUUUCUGAAGGAUCAUGUGACACUGAAGACUGGAGUAAUGGCUGCUGAAAAUUCAGCUUUGGAUUCACAGGAAUAAAUGACAUUUUAAAAUCAAUUAAAAUAGAAAACAGUUAAACUUCUCAGAAAUUAAACUGUAAUGCUAUUUAACAGUAUUGCUUUUUUUAAAUUGUAUUGUUGAUUAAAUAAAUGUAGCCUCCAUGAGCCUUCUUUCAAAAUCAUUAAAAAUCUCAAUCAUUCCAAACCUUUGACUGGUAGUGUAUUAAACAUUUUAAAAAUGUUGUGUGUUCAGUAUUUAUUGUAACACUUGAAUGCAAAGACCAAAUAAUAUAAGACCUUUCAUCUGAUCUUUUAUUUAGUGAAGACCUUACAGUAUAUUAGGCCUUUCUCAAGUUUUGAUAUAGAACUGAGGAAUAUUAGUACAUUCUCAACCAGACAAAUUUAUAGGAGCUCUGCCCAAAGCCAUAUUUCAUUUCUAAUCGUGCAUUAAGAAAGUUAUGACCAUUUUUAAAGCCCUGAUUUAAAAUUAUUCUUUGUACAAACAACACCUGAAGAGAUCAUAUUUUCUCAUACACUUAAAUGUAUUCUUUAAUUCUAAUGUAAACCACUUUGCUUUUUUUAUUAUUUGCUACAUAUGCUAAAUAACAUGAAUUUACCACAAUUCCAUCAGCACUGUUUAUUUAUUACCCACUCAAAACUUUCUCAAAACGCUUUUGCUCAUUGUUCAGACUUAGGCUUAUGCCACUCUGGUAAAUAAAAGAGCACAAACUGUU